AGCUAUCGUAGCGAUGGAGAUGACGCAAACGGACCCCGCUCCCCCCAAAAGUGUUCAAGACGAACAUGGCGGCAACUUAACCCAGGUCCAAGAUGACUGUGGCCAUCGGGAGAAAAGAUCCAAGGCAUUCAACCCAGAUACGAACCGGAAAAAAUCAACUGGGGCACAAUCAAACGGAUUUUGCUUUCUCAUAAUUGAAUCCGGGAAACUGCAGCAGUAACGGCAACAGCACUGAUAAGCUGGCCACAGCUGGUCUCUCUGCGCGCGAGCACCACCCCGGAGAGCAGAAGAGAGGGAGCGAGGCGCGAGGCAUGCGGUUACAGAGAACGUGGUUUCCCCCCGGAGAGCCAUGGAGAACUGGGAUGCGGCAGCGCGAGGCUUAAUCUGUGCGGGCGCGCUAAUUGGAUCGAAAUAACACACCGACGGCGUCGGGCGCGAGAGAGGAGAGCCCAGGACCAGCGGCGGCACGGCAGCCCACCGUUACCGAGGAUAAAUAACCAGAGUCCAUCUCCCAAAGUCAAUGAGUAUAGUGGCAGAGGAGCCCCCGCGGUGGAGUCGGCCAGAGCUGCGCUUUUCCUAAAAUAUGACCAGGGGUGCUUGGAUGUGUCGGAAGCAAGAUGACGGCUUAAAAAUCUGGUUUGCACCCCGAGAGAACGAGAAGCCAUUUACCGAGUCGGAGCGGGCCCAGAGAUGGCGCCUAUCGCUGGCCUCUCUUCUCUUCAUCACCGUCCUGCUCUCUGAUCACUUGUGGUUCUGCGCCGAGGCCAAACUGACGCGGACCCGAGACAAGCGGCUCGCAUUUACGGACAUGGUCGAGUACCCAAACUCCACUCACCACCACACCCCCUCCUCUGACCCCCAUUCCCCCCACGGCCCCCUUGCCAGAAAGCCAGAUGUUAUUUUUAUAGGGAAUUCUACCAAACCUCUGUGGCGACUGGACACCUGUCACCCGGACAGCUUGUCAAAAGACUGCUUCACUUUCACGGACGCAGAGCCCGUGUGCCUGGGCCUCUCCGGGGGCGGGGAGAGGACGCAGUCGGCGGACUUGAAUCUGAGCGAUUUGUAUCUUUCUUUUUGUAAUUCCUACUCUCUUUUGGAUUUGUUUAACGGGUUUACAAGUCCGGACAAUAUAAACUGCAGCCUGGACGUGGCUGAGGGUGACACGUUGGGAUGCAGCGAGUGUGUCCGGGUUUACCAGCGCUUUGACCGGCAAGCUCAGGAGGACUACCGGGAGUUUGAGCUGUUGGUUGAGAAAUAUGAGACUGAUGAAUACUCGGUCAGGACAUGUAUGGAGGAAUGCAAGACGGUAUAUAAGCCUUGGCUGUGCUCACAGUACUUCAAGACCACACAGAUGCACUGCAGUAAGAGGAUCCCGUGUGGCCAGUACUGUCUGGAGGUGCAGCAGAGGUGUCCCUUCAUCCUUCCCGACAACGACGAUCUCAUCCACGGAGGGAGCCCCAGUUUUAUAUGCACAGGGCUGUUGGAGGAGUACCAUGAGGGCGUGGAUGCAGAUGCGGAGUGCUGUGAUGUUCGGUGGGACUUCCAGACAGAAGCGGACAACAACCAUUCCCGGGGGACCCUCAAAAGAACUCACCCAUCCUGUCACCACCGUACCUCUCUCAGUUCCUCGGCCGUGUGCAGAGUGUGCAACAGCCGGCUCAAACUCUGCCUGCUAGUCCUUGUCCUUCUGCACACUGUCGCCUCCCUAACCGCAUCCCACAAUGCAACGGGACUGGUCCUCCCUGCCUCACUCGCCCCUCUGGAGGAGAGCUCCCCCGCCAACGAGGAGUGAAGGGAUGGCCGAUGAUAUAGGUUGUCACGGCAAUAUGAAACAUCUCCGCCUCAGUCGGGAAUGCUAUGUGCUGUUGGCUAGACGUCUGCAGCCGCUGUGCUUUCUGGGUAAUUGAGUCUUUGCAGAGGUGUUGGACUACUUAUAGAUGGAAGACAUGCAAAUCAAUCAAAACAAACAGACUUACAAACAAAGAGAUGAAAACAUGACAGUGUCGGGAACGUGGGACAAUGCAGCAGCCUUUGUUGAGUAGGAAGGCCUCCUCACUGCUGAGUUUCUCUCACUGCGCUUUUUUACACUGUUUCCCUGUUCUGGCUUUCUGUUGCACUGGCUGACUACGGGAUAACACUCACUGUCCUUUUAGAAUGUCCAUCCUUUAUGUUGUUCCUUUAUGGGUCUCUUGUGCAGGAAGGAAAUGUCUCAUCGAUAUAGGAUAGAUAACAUCAAAAAGCAAAGUUGUGAGUGUGUGCAUACUUGUGUGUGUGUGAUUGUCUGUGGGUGUCUACUCUGAAGUCUCCACUUAUUUGGGUUCCCAUUCCUAAAGCGGCUUUAGAUGUAGGAAAGGACACUAAAAUGUUAGAUUAGUAGUUUGUUCUCAUGGUUCCGUGUGGCUAAAUUGGUAGAGAAUGGUGCUUACACCGCCAUGGUUGUGGGUUUGAUUCCCACGGGGGACCAGUAUGAAAAUGUAUGCACUUACUACUGUAAAUUGCUUUGGAUAAGAGCAUCUGCUAAAAUGUAAACAAAUUAUCCUUGGUAAAAUUAAUGUACACCCAGACUACACUACUGGCCAGUGAUACAUUGGUAAUGCUUCUCAAUAUAGAAGACAACCCCUUGAUAUAGAAGUAUCCCACUAGCCUUUCUCUGUCCCUACCACAUGCUCUGUGUCUUCUCAGCCCAGCACUCCACACAUAGAAGGUCUACUGUUUGUCUAAUCAAAAUGUCUUAACUUUAUUCUGUACUUGCAUGUGGAGGCUCUCUUAAUGAUGUGAAAUUCACAGCCUUGUUGGUUUGCUUUACAUAGCCUUAGCCCCCUCUGUGGUAGAGAACACUACUGCACCCCCAAAAGACCACCAGUAAGGUAGCAUGUCCUCUGCUUUCUUCAACUAAUGUUACUUAUCUCACAUUAUGUAAAGGGCUUAUUUCUAUAUACAAACACAGACAAAAAUGUGCUUGAGGUAUGGCUUCAGGUAUCUCAGUUCACACUGCAUGCUUAGAGGUAUACCUUCAAAGGUAAGCAUUUGCUUAAGAGGUGUUUAAUGUGUUGCUAUAGAGAGCGGGCAGGUGUAGGACCCAGUAUGUAGUAUGUUUGAGGAGAAACGUUGGGCGGCACAGUAAGGCUGAGAAGCUCAAUGGCAUUAUGCUAACAUUAUUGUUAGCAUUAUGGUUAGUGUGAGCAGGAAGAAAAGGCAAUAUUUAAGGGCUGUUUUAAUCAUUUCUUGUCCCUUUGUUUUCUAGCUGAUUAACUGAACUGAUAGAUAGUGGUGUCAGGUUUUUUAGGCCUAACAAAUGUAUGCUGAAUGCAGAAUUAUCCACUUUCAUGUCUGUUGAAUAUAUAUGUUAGCUGCAUAUUGCUAGGUCCGGCUUGUCAGAUUCUACUAGUCAACUACAGGUCCCACAAAUUGAGAAACAAAUAGAAACCUGGUUCUCUGCUCAUUCAUUGUUGCAUUCUCCAUUGUGAGAUCUGUCUGUUUACUUGUUGUCUCACUCAUAGUCAUGCUGCAUUCACGACCCUCGGAGUGUUGGGAAAUGCAACCUGUAGACUCAGAGCAAUGGACUUGUGUGCAUUCACAUGCUUUGAACUCCUUGAGAACACCAACAGGCUAACGUCAAACUAGCAACUUGAACCCUAAACAUACUAUCAUGCUCAAAAACAAAUUAUAGUGUUCAAAAACCGUACAAAUUGAUUGUUUUUGAUAAAUAAUGUUUUGUUGUUGCAUUUAACUGCUGAAAAGUAUUUUCCUUAGGUGAUGUCAGAGUUCAGCAUGUCAGAGAAUUUGGGGUCCAGAGAUGAUACCUGAGUUGCAAGGUUGUAAUUAGGACUUGGAAGUUUAGAUUACCCCGAUAGGUUGUGAAUGUAGGAUCUGUUCAUUUGACGCCAUCAUCCCAUCCUCUCUAGUUCCAUCACCCCAUCAUUCCUGUUUCCUCUCUAGUUCCAUCACCCCAUCAUUCCUGUUUCCUCUCUAGUUCCAGCACCCCAUCCUUCCUGUUUCCUCUCUAGUUCCAUCACCCCAUCCUUCCUGUUUCCUCUCUAGUCCCAUCACCCCAUCCUUCCUGUUUCCUCUCUAGUUCCAUUACCCCAUCAUUCCUGUUUCCUCUCUGGUUCCAUCACCCCAUCAUUGCCGUUUCCUCUCUGGUUCCAUUACCCCGUCAUUGCCGUUUCCUCUCUGGUUCCAUUACCCCGUCAUUGCCGUUUCCUCUCUGGUUCCAUCACCCCGUCAUUGCCGUUUUCUCUCUAGUUCCAUCACCCCGUCAUUGCCAUUUCCUCUCUGGUUCCAUCACCCCAUCAUUUCUGUUUCCUCUCUGGUUCCAUGGCCUGUAAUUCCAUAGGCCAACAGUAGAUGGGGCUCUCGAAUAGGUUUAUUUCAAGCAUGUAAUAUAAAUGAUGAAUUAAGGGUAGAAUGUCAAAGGAAAUCCUAGCAAUAUAGUACCACUGGAAGAUGGGGUCAAAGAUAAUCAAAGCAGAUGCGUAAGGAUACAGGAGGCUGAGGUCUUCGGAACCUAGUGAUGGUUGGAGGUGUGUGUGUGUGUGUGUGUGUGUGUGUGUGUGUGUGUGUGUGUGUGUGUGUGUGUGUGUGUGUGUGUGUGUGUGUGUGUGUGUGUGUGUGUGUAUGUGUUCGAGGGGCUUCUGGUGGCUCACUAAUUAGUCAGGUUCAGCACAGAGACAGUCUUCUCUGGAGACCUCAUUAGCAUGGCUGUGCCUAGGGGCCUGCAGGUGUGGCGGAAAUGUCCUGUUUUUAGAGCCCUCAGGAGACACAACAUUAACUAGCCCCAUUAAUCACUUCUUCUUCUUCAUCAGCACCUAACACCUAUUGUACGUCAGCACACAGCAUACAUACAACUUCAUCAGCAUUACACCUCUAUCAGCCUCUCAUCUAGACCUUCAUCAGCAUUACACCUCUAUCAGCCUCUCAUCUAGACCUUCAUCAGCAUUACACCUCUAUCAGCCUCUCAUCUAGACCUUCAUCAGCAUUACACCUCUAUCAGCCUCUCAUCUAGACCUUCAUCAGCAUUACACCUCUAUCAGCCUCUCAUCUAGACCUUCAUCAGCAUUACACCUCUAUCAGCCUCUCAUCUAGACCUUCAUCAGCAUUACACCUCUAUCAGCCUCUCAUCUAGACCUUCAUCAGCAUUACACCUCUAUCAGCCUCUCAUCUAGACCUUCAUCAGCAUUACACCUCUAUCAGCCUCUCAUCUAGACCUUCAUCAGCAUUACACCUCUAUCAGCCUCUCAUCUAGACCUUCAUCAGCAUUACACCUACAAUAGAUCUGAACGUCAUCUUCUAGUAAACAGACUCAUUCUGUCCAUCUGAGAGAUGAGUGAAAAAGAGGUUGACAGUAUACAUAAUAUAGCUUUACAUCAACACACUAAGUCAUGCGCAUGUAAAAGUCCCUUUUACAUGCAGUAAUGCAUCAUGUACUCCCAAUGGCUGUCCUGGCUGAUGACUACAGUAUGUGUUCUCCAUGCCAUCUCUCACUGACAAUCCUGUGCCAUAGACUCACCAUAGGCAUUACUGUACACAAGCUUUCUCCAAAUAAAGAUAGACUUUAUGAAAUUCCAUGAAUAUACGUUUUCCUAAUUUCGAUAUGGUCAAUGCUGUGAUUUGCUAGGCUUGAUUCCAUAUUAUGCUAAUGUGGUUUAAGGCCCUAUCAAUUCAAUCUAGAUCACAAUGACCUUGAUGUUGUACUGUAUGUACUAUAGACCUCCAAAUGAGUACAAUGACCCAAUCUAAAGACAUCACAUUUAUAGUGUUGUGUUCAUUACACAUAAUUAUGUGUUCUUAUCCUGUCCCACUCUCCCGCUUGUGCAGCUGCCUGAUAUACAGUUGAAGUUGGAAGUUUAGAUACACUUAAGUUGAAGUCAUUAAAACUCAUUUUCAACCACUCCACACAUGUCUUGUUAACAAACUAUAGUUAUGGCAAGUCGGUUAGGACAUCUACUUUUUAUCAGCCUCUCAUCUAGACCUUCAUCAGCAUUACACCUCUAUCAACCUCUCAUCUAGACCUUCAUCAGCAUUACACCUCUAUCAGCCUCUCAUCUAGACCUUCAUCAGCAUUACACCUCUAUCAGCCUCUCAUCUAGACCUUCAUCAGCAUUACACCUCUAUCAGCCUCUCAUCUAGACCUUCAUCAGCAUUACACCUCUAUCAGCCUCUCAUCUAGACCUUCAUCAGCAUUACACCUACAAUAGAUCUGAACGUCAUCUUCUAGUAAACAGACUCAUUCUGUCCAUCUGAGAGAUGAGUGAAAAAGAGGUUGACAGAGAUUCAGUGGGAAGGUAGGGAUAUGGAGAAAAAAUAUUAAUGUAGGAUGAAAUGAGAAAGAGAGGGAGAGGGAGUCACAGAGUGAGAGAGGGGAGAGAAUGGAUGGUUGACAAAUCCAAAUGAACAAAAGGGACCCUAGGCCAAACCCUAAAUCAGCGACUAUGUGAUGUUACAGUAUGCAAGAGAAUUCCACACAUGGCCAGAAUAAAGCCAUGGCCCUUUUGGAGAGCUCUAAAUAGUAUGUCCUGAGAGAAAAGAGAUAUUAUCACCAAAUAUAAGACUAUUCUCAGCAGCUACAAUACCAUUUAGUAAAAGUGCCCUAAAAAGGCUUAUGUUAGCAUGUUAGCUUCAGUGCUAACCUACUGCAUCAAGACAAUCCUUAUACUGUAUCUCCUGACUCUCACUCUUAUGUGUGACCCAUACCUUGUAGGAGUCUAACACGUUAGUAGGCUACUCCACCAAAAUGAGGCCCACGAAUAUUCUAGGAAAAUUGCAUCUUGUCUUGCUCUUGAUUUUUCCAUGUUCCAUAUCUGAUAUAAGGUUGAGAUCCAAUGACCUUAUGGACCUUGUUGUGAUCUGACCCUGAACCAGUAUACAUAAUAUAGCUUUACAUCAACACACUAAGUCAUGCGCAUGUAAAAGUCCCUUUUACAUGCAGUAAUGCAUCAUGUACUCCCAAUGGCUGUCCUGGCUGAUGACUACAGUAUGUGUUCUCCAUGCCAUCUCUCACUGACAAUCCUGUGCCAUAGACUCACCAUAGGCAUUACUGUACACAAGCUUUCUCCAAAUAAAGAUAGACUUUAUGAAAUUCCAUGAAUAUACGUUUUCCUAAUUUCGAUAUGGUCAAUGCUGUGAUUUGCUAGGCUUGAUUCCAUAUUAUGCUAAUGUGGUUUAAGGCCCUAUCAAUUCAAUCUAGAUCACAAUGACCUUGAUGUUGUACUGUAUGUACUAUAGACCUCCAAAUGAGUACAAUGACCCAAUCUAAAGACAUCACAUUUAUAGUGUUGUGUUCAUUACACAUAAUUAUGUGUUCUUAUCCUGUCCCACUCUCCCGCUUGUGCAGCUGCCUGAUAUACAGUUGAAGUUGGAAGUUUAGAUACACUUAAGUUGAAGUCAUUAAAACUCAUUUUCAACCA